AUGCCUCAGAAAGCCUACAGCAGCGACGGGGUAUCGCGGCGUUCAGCUUUCGAAAUUCUCUUGGAAAAUAAGAAGAGAAGAAGCGAUCACAGAGGCGCAGCAGGAGAUGGAAUGCAACGAGGCUUUAGUGCUGUUCAAUUGCAUAACUCAGAUGUAUGCUCGCAGUUUUCAUCGAGACUUCCGGAUCGAAUUCCGGCAUCGUGUGUGCUGCUUCGGCAAUCCCAAGAAAUGCUCUCGAAAAGGAAACGCGAAGCACUCAGCAAGAGCCAAACUGAAGAUGAGGAUGAUCAAGAAUUAUCGAAAGAUGAAACCAUAAUGAAGGAAAAUCGUGUGCUGGGCAGUAGUUUAACCACAGUGCAAAUGAAUAGGUCAGAUAUUGAGUGCAGCACAAGUAUGUCAGAAACGACAAGAUUCGGAACGAUGAAUGAAAGCAGCGAUGCAUCGUUAGCGAAUGCGAUUUUAACGAGCCGAGACAUUCGUGUGAAACGUGCGAUCAACUAUGAUGAAUUGCACGACGCAAAUGAUAAUGAGGCUGGAACGAUUGAGGUGAUUCUAUGGUUUUGUUCGAUUGAGUUGAUUUGA